AAGGCUGGUAUCGGCUCACCAUAUGCCCUUCCGAACACGGCACCCACCGUACCUGGCCCCACACCGGCGCCAAAUCCGAAAAGGCUCAGGAUAGGACCGUACAUCAGACCGGGAGCGAAGAGUGCCACGCCGUUUGAGACGUAGAGGGCGGUUGGCCCAGGAUUGUCGCGGAUGUAAUUGUACGCUUCGGUGGGCAGAUAUCCCAGCUUUUUUACUCAAAGGUCACGGAGCGCGGCAUCGAUGCCGACGGUUUUGCUGGCUUGCCCAAGCCAUCUCCGGAGACCGACUCGCCCAUCUAGCUUACUGAGUUCCUGCUGGACAUCGGCAGCGGCUGCUCGGAUCCAGUCGUUGACCGACGUGAGAUCGAUCUUGUCCGUCUCAGUCUUGACAUUCUUGGCAGCUUGUUCGACCCAGCGUCCAGCGUCUGCCCGGGCUCGGUUCAUCCAUUUGCCAGCAGGGUCUAGGUUAACUCUGUCGAGCUCGUGUCUGACGGCUUUCGCUGCCUGCUCGGUCCAGGUACUAAUGUCCCUCCAGGCGCAGCCGAGAUGGAGUAAGAGGUCUUGGAGGAUAGUUGGGAUUUUGUGUGAAGCCUUGUCGAUAGAUGUCUCAGCGGUAGCGGUCUGUGAGCAUAGCGCCGCGAGAGCGAUGAUGGCGAGAAGGAGAAGGUUCAUGACGCGCUGCUGGAUGACAUUGUGACACGGGAUGAUUCACGUCGAGCUUGACAAAGCGGUUGAUACAUGUAGAACAGCGUUGAAGUGGCACAGCCGGUGUGACUGUU